UCACUGAGGGCUACAACGGCACCAUCUUUGCCUACGGCCAGACGGGCAGCGGGAAGUCUUUCACCAUGCAGGGCCUGCCAGACCCUUCCUCCCAGAGGGGCAUCAUCCCCAGGGCCUUCGAGCACAUUUUUGAGAGCGUCCAGUGUGCAGAGAACACCAAGUUCUUGGUCCGUGCCUCCUACCUGGAAAUCUACAACGAAGACAUCCGUGACCUGUUGGGCGCUGACACCAAGCAGAAGCUAGAGCUGAAGGAGCACCCGGAGAAGGGCGUGUACGUGAGGGGGCUGUCCAUGCACACGGUGCACAGCGUGGCCCAGUGCGAGCGCAUCAUGGAGACGGGCUGGAAGAACCGCUCCGUGGGCUACACCCUGAUGAACAAGGACUCCUCCCGCUCCCACUCCAUCUUCACCAUCAGCAUUGAGAUCUGCACUGUGGAUGAGCGGGGCAAGGACCACCUCCGGGCAGGCAAGCUGAACCUGGUGGACCUGGCGGGCAGCGAGCGGCAGUCUAAGACCGGCGCCACAGGGGAGCGGCUCAAGGAGGCCACCAAGAUCAACCUGUCCCUGUCUGCCCUGGGCAACGUCAUCUCUGCCCUGGUGGACGGACGCAGCAGGCACAUCCCCUACCGGGACUCAAAGCUGACUCGGCUCCUGCAGGACUCGCUGGGGGGCAACACCAAGACGCUGAUGGUGGCCUGCCUGUCCCCGGCCGACAACAACUACGACGAGACACUCAGCACGCUGCGCUACGCCAACCGAGCCAAGAACAUCAAGAACAAGCCGCGCAUCAACGAGGACCCCAAGGAUGCCCUGCUUCGCGAGUACCAGGAGGAGAUCAAGAAGCUUAAAGCCAUCCUGGCCCAGCAGAUGGGCCCCAGCAGCCUGUCAGACCUGCUGUCCAACCACGUGGCCCUGUCCACAGUCCAGUCUGAGGAGAAGCCACUGCCUGCACCUGCCCCUCAGCAGGACACGGAAGCAGAGAAACAGCUGAUCCGGGAGGAGUAUGAGGAGCGCCUGGCCAGGCUGAAGGCUGACUACGAGGCGGAACAGGAGUCCCGGGCCCGGCUGGAGGAGGACAUCACCGCCAUGCGCAACUCCUACGACGUGAAGCUGUCCACGCUGGAGGAGAACCUGCGGAAGGAGACAGACGAGCCCGAGCCCGAGCCCGAGCCCGAGCCCAAGGACAAGUACUUCCCGGAGGAGUGUCUCAGCCAGGAGGCCACCAGGUCUCAGGGGGAUGUGAGCUCCCUCCAGGAAGAGAAGCCAGAACUGAGGGUCCUGGAAUUGCUGCCGGGUCUGCAGGACCCCUUUGCCGAGCUGGAAGCCAAGUUGGCCAAACUCUCCGCCACCGUGGCCAAGACAGACAUGCCCCCCGAGGACACAGCCAAAGUCCCUAAGCAGCAACCCUUCCUGGCAGAUCUGCUGCAGCUCAGCGACCCCAGGCCUGAACCUGAGGCAAAUGGCCCUGCCCUGCCCAGGAUGGAGGCUGGCCUAGCCCUGGAAGUGUCCGAGGAGGUGACUCCUGCCCCAGAGCACGGUGUGGAGGCUGAAGCUGAGACCCCGGUGGCCUUGGUGGCCCAGCCUUGCCCCCUGCUGGCCCCGGGAGGCCUGAAGAGGGAGAGCGCAGGCGUGGAGGCGGACGCCGUGGUGGACCAGCAGCAGGUGCUUGCCCGCUUGCAGCUGCUGGAGCGGCAGGUGGUAGGCGGGGAGCAGGCCAAGAACAAGGACCUGAAGGAGAAGCACAAGCGGCGGAAGCGGUACGCGGACGAGCGCAAGAAGCAGCUGGUGGCGGCCCUGCAGAACUCGGACGAGGACAGCGGGGACUGGAUGCUGCUCACCGUCUACGACUCCAUCCAGGAGGAGGUCAGGGCCAAGAGCAAGCUGCUGGAGAAGAUGCAGAAGAAGCUCCGGGCGGCAGAGGUGGAGAUCAAGGACCUCCAGUCGGAGUUUGAGCUGGAGAAGAUCGACUACUUGGCCACCAUCCGCAGGCAGGAGCGGGACUUCAUGCUCUUCCAGCAGCUCCUGGAGCAGGUGCAGCCCCUGAUUCGCCGGGACUGUAACUACAGCAACCUGGAGAAGAUUCGGCGGGAGUCCUCCUGGGACGAGGAUAACGGCUUCUGGAAGGUCCCCGAGCCUGUCAUCCUGAAAACCAGCCUCCCAGUAGUCCCAACAGGGCCACCAAGCAAACCUGUCCGCAAGACCUCUGCAGCGGACAACGGCGACCCAGGCCUGGAAGAAGACCGCUACAAGGUGAUGCUCAGUCGAAGUGACAGCGAAAAUAUCGCCAGCAACUACUUCCGACCCAAGAGGGCCAGCCAGAUCCUCAGCACGGACCCCAUGAAGAGCCUCAGUCACCACAGCUCGCCGCCAGGCCUCGGCUCCCCUCUCAGCAACAACUCUGCCAUCACACCCACCCAGCUCCCAGAAAUGCCCCAGCCCCGGCCCUUCCGCCUUGAGUCCCUCGACAUCCCCUUCACCAAGGCCAAGCGCAAAAAGAGCAAAAGCAACUUUAGCAGCGAGCCUCUGUGACCACCGGCUGCUGGCCGCUGCCCUGCCGCCAGGCUUCUUGAGCCCGCCAGGCCCUCCCAGGGCAGCCUCAGCCAGGCUUCCCUCACCUGCCCUCAGCCCUGGGAAGACUCACCCCCCUCCCUGUGCCCCAGAGAGCUCAUCCCGGGUUCUGUCUGGGGUGUGACCCCUCGAGGCUGGGCCUGGGCCAGCUCUCCACACCACAUCAGUAUUUCCACCUGCUUGCCUGCCCAGAACCUACAUUCCUGCCCACCAUGUGGGUCUCUGCCUGGGCUCUGGAGCCCCAGCCCUGCCCCCGGGCCUUUACCAGCGGCCCUGACAAUGUACGGUGGCUUCCGUGUGUGAAGCAGAGCAUCUUAGUGAUUGUGAAGUGUGCCUUCCCUAAGGAGGUGCAGCUGCUCCCAGCUCACCUGCUGCCGCUGGUCUGUGGCCCUUGAUUGGGCAGUGGCCACAAUAAACUGCCUCUUAAAGACAGA